AAGAUGUGAGGAGUGUACUCACUUUUGUGAGAUACUGUUCCUUGCUUAAGAACUUCACAUGCAUGACGCAAUUUGUAGAGUGCAGAGUGCUUGGACAAAAUUAGAGCAGUAAAAGCUGAUGUAAUAUCAUACUUGUAGUAUACGGUCUUGUAUACCAUGGCUAUCAGCAUUCAGGAUUUGAACUCAAACACUGUCUUUGUUUUAAAACACUUAACUGUAAGUUGCUCUGGAGAAGAGUGGGUGCUAAAUGACAAUGGAAAUGUGACUUAAAUCAUGAAUGUUAUAAUACAGGAUAAGCAUGCUCCCAAAGUGCUUCUGUUCCUGUGCCCCAGUGUUGAGGAGGCAUCUUUUCUUUGUCUUGCGAAGAGAACUCAAUGAAAAUUCUCUAUGGAGUGUCCUCCCUCAAUAUGUUGUUGGCAUUCCCACUAACUCCUGCCUUGACAGAAACUAGUGUCCCUGGGGCCAAAAAUCUAAACAUUUAAAAUAACAAUAUAAAAAGGUAAUUACAUUUUGCAGACACUCUUGUCCUGUUUGCACUCUGGGAGGAGGUCACUGUGCAGUUGUAAACCAUGAUGGACAUGUUGUGGAGCGGACUGGCCAUUCUGCAAAAGAAGAGCAGCUCAGUCUUGUUAAGGUUAAGCUUGAAGUGGUUGACUGACAUCCAAGAGAUUGUGGAUCGGGCAGAAGAUAUGUGACAACAAUGUUAAGCUCAAAUCGAAAGCACACAAUGACAGCAUGGAAUUCAAAAGAGGGUGAGGGACAUAUAAUCUCCAAUUUGAAGUAACAAGUAGCCCUACGAUGCCACUGAGGCAAUCCAGAUGCUCUUGGACUAUGGGGAAUCAUUCAGAUGAAGAGAUAGCAGCCACAGUAAGCAGUAUUCUCUUGGGAAAUCCAUGCCUUUUUGACAGCAGAUCGACAGGCCCAAACACUACUAGAUAGCAGGGCUGGGAACAAAAUAUUAGAAAGAUUGCAGCCAUGGGCUUGGGGGUGACUGUAGAAAUGACUAGGAGAUUCGGCGGGCAGGGAUAGGAAAGAGACACAGCACAAAACGGACAGCAUUCCUUUUUUAUAUCCUGGGAAAACAGGUAGGUUGUAGACCUAUUUGUCUGAGUAGUUAAAUACUAAAUCGGCCUGUAUGUAUUUCAGCAGUUAGUUUUAGCAGUUUUUUUUUCUACUAGCCAGUGGAGCGCAUAACAGGAUGUGGUCCAAAACUGAAAGCGUAUGAACUCUGUGCUUCUGUUUUAAACCUGCCCAUGUUCCAUCACUCGCAUCCUGUCUCAGGCUCUGCACUUCAUAUAUGUUGAAUGGUUCAGCACGGGUUCAUCUCUCAGCAUACAGUGUUUGGACACCCAUUUAUGGGUGAAUUUGUCCAAACAUUUGACUGGUUUUGUACAUUUCACUGUAAAUGGAGGGAAUCUGCUGCAUUCACUUCAAACUGCUGUUUUUCAGAGCAGGGGAUUAUUUACAGAAUCACCAGUUCGGCAGGUUACUCUGCUCUGAUUAAUUGGCUCUCCAUCUGUGGACCUUAAACUUUUUGUCUGUUCAUUAGUGGGUUUCUUCACCGAUGUUAACCUGCCAUGGUAGAACAAAUCAUUUCUGAACAUGUCUGAAGCUUAACCACACUCAUCUACACUGUACACCAGCUGUACCCCAGCUUCACCCCAGCUUCCUCUUUCUAUUUGUGUUCAAAACUUCCCUUGCAACAUUUUAAACAUCAUGCGUGAGGUAGUGAUUUGAUGUUUCUAUAAUCAAGUAACAUCUUCUCAGUUCUCUCCACCCACAGUAUAUCCCUCUAACGUUAUAGGUUUUGCACGCCCAUCUGUCAAGUUUCUGCAUCCACAUUCUUGUUUAAAAAAAGUGCCACUGCUCACACACGCCUAUCACCUCUUCCUGCCUGGUCGGGUUUUCUCUGCCUUUUGAAACCAUCAUUUAGGCUAUUCUGUAGCAAGGCUUUGAACUCUGGUAGCAAGCCACUAAAUGGAAGAAUUGCAUUUUGGGAGUUAAGGGUGCGGUUCAUGGUUCUAUGUAAUGUGGGCCUUUUAUUUAAACAUAUACAUUAUAUUUGCUUAGCCUGUGUCUGUAAUACACAUAGUGGUAUUGAGAGAUUAUGUAGACAGCACCCCCCCCCCCAGUGAGAGGCUGAUUAAGCACUGCUCCAUGCCAAUACAUACCCUGCCUGCACAACAUGGGAACAUCAGGGGACAUAAAAAUCCACAUAGGCUUAGUUUUGUGAUGUGCAUCAAUGUAAAGGCAUUGUAGGAUGGGAGAAGAGAACUGACUUCAACAUGCAAAAUGUUUCGGCGGUCAGGUAAAAUUCCGUCACAAAAUACAGCGUAACCACACACUGGAAACCUGUUGCAUAGCCUCUUUAUUAUACUAGUGAAACUUUUCUUUGUGACCGUUAACUGCACGAAUCUGGAGGUUAAAAUACGCUCAGCGAUUAAUGUGCAUUUUAAAAUCUAUUGUGGUGGCUGGCUUGCAUUUGCAUUUGACAUGAAUAUUCAAUACGAAGAGAGCAGGACCAAGAGAGAAUGUUGGUUUCCUGUUAGUCACAGAGUCAGAAUCAGGGUCUUACAGGCACUUCCUGUGUCUCUGUGGUUAUGCAGCUACGGUGACAGAACCAAUCAAUACAACAAAGGGACAACAACUACCAUGGCACAUCACCGGACAGAACCACACAGAACAUGUUACAACCAAUCCAGUCAGUAAUAAAUCUAUGUAUGGAUCAAUUCAAAUUUAAAACAAAUAUAUUUGCCCACACUGGGAUGUGACCUGGAUCCCUACUACGCCAACUUCUGAUUGAGCAGAGAUUUCUUCAACAUUCUUUCUGAGAACUAAGAGUAGUCAUGUCAAAAGUCAUAGACGAGACAUCCAAUAGUGUCGUCUGGACCCUUGUCAUAAUCCUGGUGAUCCUCGUUGUCCUCCUGGUCUACCUGUACAAGCGACUGAACCGCCAGACUAAUGACCAAUACACCAUCCACAACCUGGUCUAUGGGGAAGGUGGCGCCAGGGACAGGUUGAGGAACUGGAUCCGAGUCCUGGAGGUUCGGUUCGGCCGACGACUCUGGCUUCUCAACGAGAGUGAGGGGGCUGCCGGAGAGGACGAGAAAGACGAAGAGGAGGAUGUGGAACGGGCGAGCGUGGGAGGGGACAGCCAGGGAGGUGAUCAGGAGGGCAGAGGGGAUGAUUCCUCGGAUGACUACUCUAGCUUGGAGGGCUGUGACCUUAGGGAGAGAGUGAAGCUCGCAGAGGGGAAGGAGGAGAGGGGAGGGAGUGUGGGGAGCAAGCCGGAGACGAGUCGAGACGGCGGAGAGUGUGAGGAGGGAGCAGUGGGAGGACAAGAAAGUGGACGAGGAGGUUUGCUGGUAGAUCUGCACCCAUUCUCUGGUAGCGCCAUCUGGUCGGGCGAUAAGGGCGUGGGAGAUGGAAACAUGGAGGAUGUGACUGCAUUGUGAGGGACUGAAAAAAGAGGGGGGGGGGUACAGGUAUUAGCCAGAAUAAAGGAAACACCAACAUUGUCUUAAUAUGUUGUUGGGCAGCUUCAGUGUGAAGGGUGUCUGGAACUGUUGGAGGGAUACAGCACAAUUUUUCCAUGAGAAAAUUUGGAAUAAUUGUUAUUUGGUGUUUUUGUUGCUAGCGGGGGGGGGGGGGGGCUCCAGUGUCUCUCAUACAAUUUAGGAUGUAGGAAUUAUUUUUGGUAUCCGCUCAUGUGUUCGAUCUGUUGAGUUCUGGUGAUGGAGCUGGCCAUGGCAAAUGCUUUACAUUCGAUUUCCUGCUCAUCAAGUCUAUCACCUCUCGUGACCUUUGAAUGUGAGCAGUGUAAUCUGGAAAAAAAACACUUCCAUAAAGAGGAUGGAAAUGCUUCGCCAUCAGCAUGUCACCAUGUGACCCUAAGCUUGAUAGGGUGUUAACUGCUUAAUUAAACUCAGAGAUCCAGUUGCGUUUGUAAGCCCCUGUGUUAGAUGUUUUGUUGCUCCAAAAAAGAAUGCAAAUGAGGGCGCGCCCUACUGUAACAAUGUUAGAUGAGAGUGUCUGCAAAAUUACUUCAAUGUGAAAAUGUGUCCUGUGUUUUGUCAAGAGUUACCUUGAUGCCGGCGGUUGCCCGCAGCUCCAUUGUAUGCACAGUGGCAGUGCAUGACAGAACAUGCACUUUUGGUCAUCAUGCCCUUUACAAUUUGUCAUACUAAAAGACAUUACAAUAAUUCUGACCUUGAUGUUGUUUAAAAUAAUUGUGAGCAAAACAUUUUAAAUGGCUUUGCACUGUGCAUUUCAGCUGUGCAUUUUAUCUGCUUACACUAAUAUACUCUACACCUGUGUAUGUGUAUAGAUUCCUUCACAGACAGUUAUAAAGAUUUAAGAUCUGAGCAUGAGUGAAAACGACUGUAAAAUUAUUCCUUAGUCUGCUUUAAAUAUGCUUAUGUCAGACUAAGUGAGAGGAACAUGGGAUUUCCAUGCAGUUAUGUUAAAGUUGAACAUAUUAAUUCAAAUUGCUUGAUUAUUAUACUAUUGUACAACAAUCAAUGAUGUAUCCCAGACCACUCUGUAUUGUCCAAUGACUACAUAAGUAAUAUGUUAAGGAAUCCUCAUAGAAACUCACACACAUUCCUAGAAUAUAUUAUACAACAUAAACAAAUCGAAGGCAAGUCAAUAAAACACAAACUCAACACAGUAGACAAACGCAGAGGUUAUAAAAAGGUUAUUCUGCUCUGUCUGUAAACUCAUAUAAGUAACAAAGGAAAUUAUUUUAUUAGAUUAUAAUACGUUAAAAUAAUAUAUUGAGCAGAGUUGUUUUGAAAUGAUUGUUUUUGCAAACAUGUUUGUGAUGAUUUAUGAACAGCUAUUCAGGUAAUGCUUUACUUUGUUCUAUAAUGUUUCACCGGUAAAUCACUGUCAGAUAACAGGCUAAAACGUUUUAUCGUCUCCCAUUGCUGUAUUCAUUUACACGAUAGACCUACUGUACUAUAGUACACUCAUACCUUUAAGAAACUGAAAGAUAAACGUAUUUGCAUGUACAUGCUUAAUUUUUUAAAUAAACAUUUAAAAUCCAAAAAAUA